AGAGAUAAAUGAGAUUUAUUUUACUUCUACCCCCAGUGGACAAACCGGAUUAAGGGUGUCUUUGGCAUUUCUCGCUACUUUUCAGGUACUUAAUCCUCAAGUUAAAGUUUAUCAUAUAGAUACGUUAUUAUUACAAGCAGGAACCGAAAAUUGCCUCAGCAUGUUAACCAUUGACAGCAGUGGAAAUAAAUAUCAUAUCGCAGUUUAUCAAAAUAAAAAGUGUUUGCUAGUUAAUCAGGUUAUCCAGCGAGUUGAAUUAACCAAAAUAAAAGAAAAAUUUCCUGAUUUCAGGAUUUUCCAAGAUUUUCAAGGAUUAGAAAUAGGCCUAAAAUAUGUAUUAUUACUAACUUUUAAAAUGGACUUUCUUCAAGAACUAAACGAACAACAAAAACAAGCCGUUUAUGAAGAACAUUCCCGAAUAUGCGUUAUUGCCGGACCUGGUUGUGGCAAAACUAAAACUCUG